AUGAGCUUGUCAGGCAAGCUCAGCAGGCUUAGAAGACUUUGGUUGAUCUGGAUUCUCUUUGCUUCCGCAGAGGGUCUUGCUGGACGGAAGCUUCAAUUGGGCAGACCAGAUGGGCCUCCGCAGAAGAUCGUCAUCUCCAACGAGUCUCCUGUUCCCGAUGCCUGGGUAGUCCAUGAGCUGGAGCUUUUCUUUGGCUUCUGUCAUGAGGACCGGCCUCUGGAUGCUUUUUUGUCCAACAUCUGGAGCUCCGGAACCCGCCGGGAGAAUGAAGACGCCACAGCAGCAUUCCGGGCCUUCGAUGGAAGCUUGCAAACAAAUUGGACCGCCGACUGCAGACAAGUCCUUGGAGGUUGCGCUCCACUAGAUGGAUACAUCGGCCUUGAUGUCAGAGACUCGCCAGAGUACAUUGAGGCCUGGGCCAACAAGGACGAGCCCUUCAAUAUCUCCAACCCCUUCAUGGAGAAGUUGAAGGUGCGUUGCAUUCGGAUUUUUCAAGAUCCGCAUCCAUUACAUAAGGCUGAUGUGAUUUCUAUACGAGAAGUCUGGCCUGACACAAGUACCGAGAUAGAAGGCGACUACGUCUUCAUAACUUUACAGGUCUUGGAGUCUGUCAGUGCAGGAAUUUGGUCGCGGAGACCAAGCAUCGAAGACACCGCGUGGAGAAUAGUUAGUUUGUGGCCUACCGAGGAUCCUUUGACCCUCACUGAAGUGAAAUUCUUCAAGGAUGAGCUGUGCUCGCUCCAAAUCCAUGGAGCACCAUUCUCUUGUGGUAGCGUUGAUGCGCUGACUGAAGGCGAGAUGCAGGCAAUGGAUUUGAAUCUUGACACCCACUGGCGGGCCAAAUGCGCUUCAGAUGGAGGAGGUUGCAGUGCCCAGGAGGCAUUUUUUGGACUGGACUUUGGCGAUGCGGUGACACAGGUCAAAUGUGUGCAGCUGUACCAGUACAUGCCAAACUCACUGGCCAUUAUAUCGGAAAGGCCCUCCUACUCCAGGGGGUUUGAUUUGCAGCAUUGGACCGGCAAGAGUUGGCUAUCAAAAGAGAGAUUUUGGGAUCCGGCUUUUGUGUCGCAGGUAUCAAAUCCCGAGUGGCUUCCCACCAUGAUCACUCCAUACUUCGGUGGUGCCCCUGGAGUUUGGGAAGAUUUGCGACCGCCGAACAAGACAGCAUGGCGAAUCAUGAACGAUGAUUGGACCAGUGCCCAGUGGCACGUUCACGAGCUGGAGUUUUACGAGUCCGAAGCCUGCGAUGGACCGAAGCUUGAAGGUACACCUCUCGACAUGGUAGGCCCCUCCAACGAACACAUGGCAGCUCUGGCUUUCGAUGGUGAUACAAGCCACAACCUCGCAUGGGAGUCCCACUGUCUUGGAAGUUGCGUUCCCUAUGAAGCUUGGCUUGGUUUGUACAUGCGCCCGCACAACCCAGGGUUGGGAGAAACAUACGAGGGGCCGCAGGUCAGGUGCCUCAGGUUGAUGCAAAGCAGAUUUCAGCAGCACACUGCAGCCUCAAUCAUCCUGAGCCGGUUCAUGAACGGGCAGUGGGAGGGCCAGGAGACGCAUCGCUUCGUCGGUGGAGGCACCUGGAACCAGAGGCCCGCACCACCAUGGACACAGUGGAGGAUUUUGAACGAUGGUGCUAUCAGGGGGCAGUGGCGGAUCCAUGAACUGAUGGCUUUUAAAGACCCCCUGUGCAUUGACCCAGUCGAAAGUGGAAGCCCGUUGGCCAGUGGUUAUGCUGUGUUUGCUGAAGGUCCAGACAGGCUUUUCGAUUCAAAAGAGAAUCCCCCAUGGGGUGCAGAUUGCAUGCAGUGCAAUGAAUCACGUGGCUAUUGGAUCGGGAUGCAGCUGCCACGUGAGACGGAAGAUGCAAGGGCUGGCUUGUCGCUGUUGCGUUGCAUCAAACUAUGGCAAAGUGCAAAAGUAGAGCAGCAAGCUUCGGGCUUGAAGGUCGAGUUGUGGAAUGGUCGGGACUGGACGAUGUCUCCCAUCUCGGCUUCAGGUUUUCUGGAUGGAGGCGGGGGAGGCAUUUGGUCUCGGCAGCCUGCAAGCCACAUGACCAAGUGGCGUCUCCGGCCCAACAUGGCGUUCGAUGCUCAUUGGCGCGUUGAAGAGAUCGAGUACUUUGCAGACUCGCUCUGUUCGCGACGCAUUCGUGAGUUCAGGUCUGGCAACGGAGGUGCAGGCUUGUCCGUCUCCGGAUAUACUUCUGCUCUUGCGGGCUUCGAUCUUGCUGGGCGGCCGGCAAUGUGGUCGGAGGCUGAAUUGGCUGCCGAUGGGGAUGAGACCUCUUACGUGCUUCUGUCCCAUAUGCCAAGCAUGGGUCGCCCAGCAUGGGUCUCAGUGGACUAUCUCUCCGAAUCUGUGUUUGUGCGGUGUGUGCGCAUCCGGCAAGGCCCCUUACCUGUGCAGCACGCUUUCUCCGUGAAGCUAGAAAUCUGGGACGGUGCAAAAUGGGGCAGUGACCCUGAGAUGUCGCCAGAGGAGGAGACCCUUGAUGGUUUGGGUGGGGGUGGUUGGCAAAGAAGGCCUGCCGCAGCGGAAACGAUCUGGCGGAUUGAGAACUUGGACUUUGUUCCAGAAGGCUGGGUUCUUUACGAGUUGGAAUUUUACAAGGAGCCUUCCUGUUCUGGCAGCCGACUACUGGGAGAACCCACCGCAAGCGGAUUUAUUCCGCCGGAGAGCGACCAUGGGCCUUUCCAGGCCUUCGAUCGCGAUGAGAAGUCUGCCUGGGUCUCCCAGUGUGCAUAUGUACAAGAGGCAGACCUGCCCCUUGGCUAUGAGUGGACAGGUCUUCCCAUGGGCUGCGACCCCUCCCGUGCAUGGAUCGGACUUGAUCUUGGCGCCUCCUCGCCUGGAACAGUUCAAUGUGUGAGACUCAUCCAGGCUGGCUACCAGCACAUGCAGAGCGCCAGAGUGGGCUUAUCCAAGUGGGAUGGCAAGGGAUGGCAACAAACAAUGGAGCUUUCAGGGCUUGGUGGCAGUUCUUGGGAGCAGAGACCUGCUGCUCCAAACACGAUGUGGAGGAUCUUGCACGGAGCAAGGCGGCCAGGCGUGUGCCGCAAUCAAUUAAGUCGCAUCAACAGGCGCAGUUGGGGUGUGUCAGACUUGGUCUUCUACUCUGAUGAAGAGUGUGGUCAAGCAAUCACUGGUGGAAGCGCAAUCUCAUCCGGAAGCAUAGACUUCUAUCGAGAAACUGUUGCAGAUCCCGCAGAUGGAUACAAUGCAAGCAACAGCCUGGAUGUCGACAAGCUUACAACAUGGGGUGCCAAUUGCAAUUUCGGAUGGAAGCCGGCUGGCCUCCUUGGCAUGCAGGACUCUACACGUGUCAACUGCAGUGGUGCUUGGCUGGGCAUGGCAUUUGUUUCCAAGGCCGUGGAGGUUCGCUGCAUCAAGAUGGUGCAGAGCAGACUUGAAUCAAGCAUUUGCUGCGAUCCUGCUUCAGAAGCAGAGCUUCAGCGCUGGAAUGGCUCCGCUUGGAUCGAGGCCACAUGGGUACGAGAGCCGCCACCUGCCUACAAUCCUGGGGAACGUGUGCAAACAGAAAGAACCCACCUGGGUGCACAGUUCAAGAGUUUGGGAGAGUGUCCUCAGCUCGAGUUCUUGUCUGACCGGAGGAUUGAUCUGGAAGAAAUCGAGGAGAUUCGAAACAGGCGCGAAAGUGACAACUGCCGCAUCCAGUUGACUGGUGCAACGAGCUUGAUGGGUGAUCCUGUCUGCGUGACUCACAAGAGAUGCAGUCGGAACUUUGGUGAUGAGGGCGAUUGUUGUCCUAUGGGAGACCCGAAAUUUGCAAUCAGCCGUUGUUGCUGCGAUUUCAUCAGCUCAGAACCCAUCUUCAAUGACACAGAUGUGCCCGUGGAGAAUGGUGACCUGCGCAUCAAGUUCAACUUCGAGUAUGCCACGAUUUGGCUCUCAAACCAUCUGCCCUGGGCUGGCCUCGUUACAACAGUGAUCGCCUACUUUUCAGCCCUAGGCUUGCCGAAAGAUGUCAGGGAGCGGAUAACGUUGUGGUGUCACAGGCCACCGGCGCACUUAUCACAUGCUCACCUGCGCCUGUGGAUUCGCCGAACUAUUGCCACAUUUUUAUGGCCUGCAGUGGAAUGGAGAGAUUUUCUGGCCAACAGUGAUUCAUCGGUUGCACGCCUCUGUCGUUGGUUUGUCCUGCCAAACGGAGAGUUGCCAAGCCCUUUGGAGCUUCAUCGAGGCCUACUUUUCUUGCUGUUUGGCUUCCUGUUCGCCGGUAUGGCUCCGUGGUUGGGAAUCGGCAUCAUCUGUGGCGAGGGUGCUCUGCGUGGUCUUAUUGGUGUGAGUGUUGUUAUCCGAUGGUUCAAGUCCAAGUACAAUCCGCUUGACCUGAGAGAUAUGGCCCUUCGCAGGAAGAUCACACGGGUUCGGAUGAAGACUGAAGAGGAUACUGCUGAUGGGGUUGAUGUUGGCAUGGGGUGCGCUGUGGCAUUUGCAGCAUCCUUGGUGUACUUCUUGAAAUUCAUCUUUGACAUGCUGAUCCUGCGCUCGCAGAUGAUUUCCAUGGGCAUGAUCGAGUCCAUCGAGGCACGUCUAAUUGUGGAUAUCUUCCCUGGUCUCUUGGAACUACUACGAGAGCCUGGAAUGCUGAUUUACCAGAUGAUGGACACAGCAUCACAGGGAGUCUCCGUUGCGCUCACAUUCACAAUAGGUAUGCCGCUCUGUGAGGGAUCUUGUGUCCUUGUCGGAUCUGUUGGUUUGGUGGCUGUGCUCGUCUGCGCAAUGCAGUGGCUGAAUUAUGAUCUCUUUGGCUUGUUCGUAGCCGCGCGGAGCAUGUCAAGAUCCACUCGGCCUGAAUGCCAACGCAUUUUUGCGCAGUCCUCAAUCAUGGGCGUCCUGGGCCUGUCCUUUGCCAUCAUCCAACUUUCCAUGGUGCUGUUUACGCGGGCCCUGCUUUUUGCAAAUCCCUUCCAGCAGACUGUCUGGAUGUGCGAGCACGACGACACUUUGGCUCUCUACAUGGGCAGGACGCUCUUGUUCCUGAGUGCGCUUGGGGGCGUUGUCUUCGUCUUCUUCGCUGUCAAUGGACAUUUCAUGGGUCAGGAUUACCUCCUCGAGCGCGUGGGGCGCUUCCUUGCGAUUGACCUUGAUGGCCUGGACCCUGAUGGGACGGGACCUGGUGGGGGAAUUGUACGCUGUAACGUUUUCUUUGCAGCUUUUCCAACGCUUUGUGGAUUGUGGCUGGACUGGUGGAACAUCGAGGCUUUCCUUGUUGCAGAACGGGCUCGGGUCUAUGCGGAAGUUCUGUGGGAUCCACAGCCUUGCAGAACUUGUGGCAAGAUCCAUACCCCGUAUGACUUGAUGAUGACCGCAACAGGACGCACCAUCAGCAUCACAACACAAAUUGUGCCUUAUGGAGCACUUCUGGGAAAGGCGUCUGAGUACCUGAAUGACCCUCCCUUCAUUUACUGGGGGACGAAGCUCACCUGCAUGUCUGCAUCAAGAGCGCCAGAGACAGCCAGACCGCAAAUAAGCAAGAAGAAAAUCGUGCCCAAUCUGUUCCUCUACACCGCCGAGUUUCUGACUCUUCUCAUCGAGUAUGUUGUGCCUGUGGUGAAGCGAAUUAGCAGCGUCUCGAUCUACAUAUGUUGCUUGCUGGGAACAUUCACACUAACGGAGAAGAAUCUGGUGGAACAAGGGCGAUUUGUUCUGCAAACUGGCUUUAUGUGUGCAGCGUUUAAGGGUCUCAGUGCAUACUUGCUGGAUCCCCUGUUGAGCUUUCUCCUUGGUGCAAUCUAUCGUACUCUGGAGGCGGUGGAAGGGAUACAGAAUGCCAAGAACUAUAUUCCAAGAACUGUUGUAGGUCAGGUCAUUGCAGGUGGACCGGUGGCUAUCCUCAUCACCAACAGUGCCACCACGAACGGAUGGGCUUCUUUUGCUGACGGCUUGAUUGUUGGAUGCGUUGCGGGGUAUAUCACCAGCAUGUUCACAUUGGCCGUCAAUGCAUGCCUGGAGCGCAGCAGCCCGCAGCCAGGCGAUCCCCCUCGAAGAGCUGUAAUUCCGCUUGUGGUGAAGAUUACAUAUUCUCUAGCAGUUGGAGUUGGCGUCGGUGCGGUAUCUCUGCGUGAUGACCGUACGAAUACAAUGUCAGCAUUCAGAGACAUCCUCGCCUUCAGGGAUGACAAAGCUAUGGUGACUGUUCGAGGUGCGGUCACCGGCAUUAUCCUCAGUGCAGCGGCUCAAUUUGUGAGCUUGAAGAUUGUCCUGCUGGAAAACCGGCCUUACAACGAGGAUGAGGGCCCAGGCCACACGAUGCGCAACUGGAGAGACUCGCCAACCCACCGGGUUCUCCGGACAGUGCGCCAACUUGGAGGUGCAGUGGGAGUUCCUUUGGCAGGUCUCAUUGGCAACGUGUUGGCGGAAACAAUCUUCGGCUCUGUAAGCGAGACAGAGACCAGUGUGGUGAGCACCACGGUGAAGGCUUUGUUUGCUCUCGGAACCGGAAACUUCUCUGGCAUUGUCCUAGCCCUCGCUGUGAAUAAGAUGCUUGACAAUCCUCCCCAGCUUGCAGGCUUUUUCACUUUCUUGGGUGUCUGUGUUCUGGCCGCCAACUGGAACCCUGUCUUUGGAUUCACAGCAGCUGUGAUUUUCGGAUGUGCAGUUGGAAGUGUGUUUGAGGAGUUUGUCGCCCGAUCUGUCAUGCGCCAGGAGCUUAUUCGACGUGAUGCCUGGAAUGAGGUAGACGAUGAUUUCAUCAACCAAGCCGCAUUGAAGCAGUUGUCCUAUGCAGAUUCUGAGCAUGAAACUAACAGUGAAUACUUUGCCGCAUCACCAACUCGAGAGGAAAAUCUUCUGGUAGCCUUAGGGGCCGCAUCUGCAAAAGCUCAAACCGCGGAGCUUCUGCAACGGGCACGACUGCGCCGGGGGGAGUCCGAAUUCAGCGUUGAGGCGCUAAGGGCCUCUGCAGAGGUGAGCCCUGACGAUGCUGAAGAGCAGGAAAGGAGGAUAGAACCUUACAGCAGUGGUCCACAGCUACAGAAUGUCCCAGAUCACUUGGCUGUGGAACUCGACGAUCGUGACGGAAGUGAAGAUUUCAACAAGGGCGACAUUUCCUCUCGCACGGUCAGUCGGACAAGCCUUGCAGUAGCCGAACGCCAGAUACCGCCAGAAGACGAUGAUUCCGAAGAGGAGGAUGAGGAAGAAACUCCAUUCGAAAAGAUGCAGCUAGCCAUUCAGGCCCAAUUGUCUUCAAGGACGCACACCUCUGGACCGCCGACUUCCCGGCCCGAUUUGAUUCAACCGCCGCCGGAAGUUGGCAAUCCUGGCAACUACGAAGAUGCGGCUUUGGAGAAGGAUUUGUUCCACAGAUGGGAGACGAAGUCCAAACCGGCUGCAACCAGUACAAUGCCAGCACGCAGUGGCCAGAGAAUUAACAUCAGCAAUAUGUCGAGACCGAAGCCAAAGGCAGCCCCUUCCCGGAAUCUAAGGCCCGUUGCAAAGUCAAAGUCAAUCCCCGAGAAGCCAUCACUGCGAUCACUGAAGCAGUCCUCAACAUUUGCUUCGUCCAUGCUGUCGCAGGAGUCACUUCAGGCACAAAGUCCAGUGGCUGCCAGACGCACAGAUGGCUAUCAACGAAGCAUCAUGAAUGAUGCGUUGCAGACGUCGAGAUCUGCUCCGCGUCCGAACAGCUUGCCGAACGGUGAAGCCCAUGAAGCCGCAGGACCCUGA